ACAACACAUAAUAUUAUUUUAACUAUCUUUGUCAUCUACCGACAAUAAUAUGUGUGCAUGUCUAUAUGAUUUUCAUGUUUUUUCUUUAAACAAAAUUAGGUGAAGUAAUUAAAUUAGAUUUCACCGGUGAUCAUUAUGUUAAGACUUGAGAGGGGUUUUGAGUGAGUGAAGUGGGUAAGCGGACAAAGCUAUAUAAAGGGGAGGAAAGGCAGCGUUAAGAACCCACCAAUCCAUUCAAGGAUGGGAAAAAUGGGAUCUUCAAUGGCUCCUCUUCUUUUUGCUGCCUUUGUUGCUCUCCUUUCCCUAACUCUGCCAUCAUCUGCCAAUGCUAAUUAUAUCUAUGCUUCUCCUCCUCCACCUAAGAAGGUAUAUUACCCGCCUCCAGUAUACCAUUCUCCUCCGCCACCCAAGAAGGUGUACUAUCCACCUCCUGUCUACAAGUCUCCUCCACCACCCAAAAAGGUGUACUACCCACCACCCGUCUACUCUCCACCGCCACCAAAGAAGGUGUACUACCCACCUCCCGUCUACAAGUCUCCUCCGCCACCAAAGAAGGUGUACUACCCACCUCCCGUCUACAAGUCUCCUCCACCACCAAAGAAGGUGUACUACCCACCUCCCGUCUACAAGUCUCCACCACCACCCAAGAAGGUUUACUACCCACCUCCCGUCUACAAGUCUCCACCACCUCCCAAGAAGGUGUACUACCCACCUCCCGUCUACAAGUCUCCGCCACCUCCUAAGAAGGUGUACUACCCACCUCCCGUCUACAAGUCUCCCCCACCUCCCAAGAAGGUAUACUACCCACCUCCCGUCUACAAGUCUCCUCCACCACCAAAGAAGGUAUACUACCCACCUCCCGUCUACAAGUCUCCUCCACCUCCCAAGAAAGUAUACUAUCCACCCCCCGUCUAUAAGUCUCCUCCACCACCGAAGAAGGUAUACUAUCCACCUCCCGUCUAUAAGUCUCCUCCACCACCAAAGAAAGUAUACUACCCACCACCAGUCUACUCACCACCACCGCCAAAGAAGGUGUACUACCCACCUCCUGUCUACUCACCACCACCACCAAAGAAGGUGUACUACCCACCUCCCGUCUACUCACCACCACCACCAAAGAAGGUAUACUACCCACCACCCGUCUACUCUCCACCACCACCGAAAAAGGUGUACUACCCACCACCCGUCUACUCUCCACCACCACCGAAAAAGGUGUACUACCCUCCUCCUGUCUACUCUCCACCACCUCCAAAGAAAGUAUACUAUCCACCUCCUGUAUACCAUUCUCCACCACCACUAGUAUACCACUCCCCGCCACCUCCCGUCUAUCAUUCUCCACCACCACCAGUAUACCACUCCCCACCACCUCCCAUCUACUACUACUCAUCGCCGCCACCACCUCCACACUACUAGGAAUUAAAUAUCCUAGGUCAAGGGAUCCGAAGAUGAGAAUAUAUAUAUAUAUAUAUAUAUAUAUGUGGAAGUCAAAAUAAGAGGCUUUUGUUUGAAAGAUUUGAAGCACACUGUGUGAAUUUCAGUUUCGUGCAAUAGGGAAAAUUAAUGAAAUCGAUCUCUAUAGUAUAUUUGGUGUUUCUUUUUCAUAUAUUAUUGUUAUUAUAUUACAUCUUCCCAAUAUUAUUAUUGCAGGUUUGAAAUUAAAUCACAUGUAUUUGCUUUGUGAAACGGCUUUAAUCCUCAUGUACUGUCUUUAUCUGUAAUGAAUCUUAGCUCAUCCUUUUUUGCUCAAAGCAGAGGUUGUGCUAUACUGAAUAGCUUAAUAAAUGCAUUUUCAUCA